CUCUGCUUUACUUGAAAUAAUUAAAAUCAUGGAGUUUCCUACAACGGGCAUUCGUUGUACCCUGACGGAUUGCAAGCAACUAGAUUUUCUGCCCUUCACCUGUGAUUACUGUAAAUCUAUUUUCUGCAAAGAGCAUUUCCAUGCAAUGUCGCAUUCUUGUCCUGAGUUCGUCGACAAUGUAGCUACAAACACGGAAAAAUCAGCCAGUUACCGAUGCACAAAUGAUUCUUGCAAUCAAACUUCUCCGGUGGAAAUGCCGUGUGUGAAAUGCAAAAAACAUUUCUGCUUGGCUCAUCGUUAUCACGGAUGUUUGGAAUUAAGCGAUGAGGAGAAGGCGAAAGACAUGAAGAAAUGGGAAAUGCCCAAGCAGGAAUUUUUGAUUGCAAAAAAUGUGGUGGAUCGAGAGAUUAAAGAAAAGCUGAAGAAGUCGAAAAAUUUAGCGAUGGCUAUCAAAGUACAACUCAUGAAAUUAAAAGGACACUCUGUCGGUUCUCAAGGAAUUCCAACAGUGGAUCGUCGUUAUUUUCUCGUCUAUUAUCCCAUAACCACAAAGAAUGCUGGAAUUUCCAAAGGAACUUUCGUCUCCGUGAGUUGGACAAUGGGAAAAGCAAUAGAUUCAAUUGCCGAUUUACUUGGCAUUCCCAAUUUCAAUAAUGUAUCAACAUCUAAAAAACUACGUAUGUUUCAUACUGAUACUGGUUUCAUUGUAGCAGAUCAGAUGGACACACUUUUAGCCGACUUAUUCAAAAGUAAUACGUUAAUUGAUGGGCAAAGCAUAAUUUUGGAGUACUGCAAUGAUAACAAAGUCGAUUCUUCUCUUUACACCAGUGAAUCGUAAUAAUGUUUUAAUUAUCACAUUACUCUAAAUUUAAAAUAUUCAGAUUGUAAAAUAAAGUUAAACCAAAAUCAAA